GUGAUAAGACGUGUCUAGUUUUCGGCACACGCACUACGUGGCAUUGCAGAGGCUGAAUCAGAAGUUACAAGAACGAACAUGGAACUCUCACACUUGUUGGCUGUCCUUGGACUGUCUCUUCUCAAAUUUGUACAGGGAGGUGACUUGACCGUCACGAGUAAAGUUUUCUUCAACGUCACCAUUGAUAAUGAAGAGGCUGGAUGGAUCGUAUUUGGAUUAUUCGGAGAGGCAGUUCCCUUGACAACAGAGAACUUCCUCCAGCUGGCUAGCCAUUCUAAUGGCUACGGUUACCGUGGUAGCAAGUUCCAUCGCGUCAUUAAAGACUUCAUGGUCCAAGGUGGAGAUUUCUCGGAAGGCGACGGAACCGGAAGUAAGAGUAUUUACGGAAAAUACUUUGCCGAUGAGAACUUCAAACUUGCUCAUUAUGGAUCAGGAUGGGUCAGCAUGGCCAACGCAGGAGUUGACACAAAUGGAUCUCAAUUUUUCAUCACGUCCAAAGCAACGUCAUGGUUGGAUGGAAAACACGUGGUUUUCGCGAAGGUUCUUGAAGGCAUGGAUGUGGUCCGAAAGAUUGAGAACUUGGAGGUCGACAUUGAGAACCGUGAUCUGCCGUAUUCCGAGGUAGUCAUUUCGGACUGUGGGGUCAUUGAGGUGGACACUCCGUUUGAUGUUGAAACAGGGCCUGUUGAUUGACAAAUGAUUGUGAACAAAAUAGUACAACUCAGGGCUAAAAUGACUAUACUUCAGAAAAUGGACGUAUAGACAAUAACAUUUGACAUGGGGACAGACUGACACGAUUGGUGUAUUUUGAGAUUAUCAAAUCUAGUCAUUUGUGUCAUCCUGAGUUGCAAUUUUAUACUUAAAAAGUUUAUAUUUUUAUAAGGAUUAAAAACUGAAUUUUGAAGUAGCCAUACUAUUUUGUAAACAUAAUUAAGUGCGAAAUGAUGUUAACGUGGGGUUCUAAGAAUGACAAAUGUCCGAGUGGGGUAUUACGGUAAACAUUUAGGCUGACCGACACAAUAAUGGUUGUUUACUACGACCAUAGUCCAGUUAUGUGAUUGACCGACGUUUUUGAACAUAAGGGGAAAUAACUCCAGUAAACAAUAACAAACAUAUCUGAAAGUUUUACUGAAGGUGUAUGGGAUAUAUAUAUAUAUAAGGUCUAUACACAGGUACUCGUCUGUCAAUACACCCACGUAUAAUAAUGGGAGUAUUGACAGACGAGGCGAGUACCGUCUAAACAAUGAGGAUACAAACCCCUUUAACACCCCCCACUCGUAUGGAUCCUUCAUUUCUGAAAUAAACAUGUCUGAUUGUGAUUAUCCUUUUUAAGUGUCAUUCUUAGCUUUUUGCUUACGUAGUAUCAAUGGAAUUUUGUUGUAUUUCAUGUUUUACAUGUUAUAUUAUAUACACAAGACGAUAUUGUUUGCAAUAAAAUCUAAUGUUGCUAUU